ACCGCCCCUACAAUGAAGAUUACGUGUGGCCUAAUCCUGGUCCUAACUGUGGCCACUUCCUGUCAGCAGUCGUGUCAGAUCUGGCCAGCCCCUCAGCUGGGUGGAGUCCGCGCUGACUGUCAGAACCUCAACCUCACGUCUGUACCAGAUAAUCUCCCGCCAAACACGGUCAGCCUGGAUCUCAGCAGGAACAACAUAACGGUUCUCAUUGACAACGCGUUUGUGCGUCUUCCCCGACUACUGUCUUUAACCAUUGCAUACAGCCAAGUAUCACGACUGGAAACGAACGCGUUUAAAGGGUUAACCCGCCUUCUCAGUUUACACCUUGAUCACAAUAAUCUCCAGCUUGAUAAUGACACAUAUCCUGAACACGUCUUCAGUCCUCUGCAAAGUCUCACAGAGUUGAACAUUGGUUACAACGACUGCCGCAUCAGCGGAUCAGCACCGGAUUGGGUCUUCAAAUGGUUAAUGAAUCUGGAAACACUGACAAUCGACACAUUCCAGUAUGACGUAUUUGGAAGUGGAUUCGGAUAUUUGCAGAAACUAGUAACAUUGAACAUUGCAACUGGAGUGGAUGAUAACUGUAUUUAUUGUGCUAUUACCGUCAUACAAAACCAUACAUUUUCCGUUUUCGAGAAUACAUCUGUCCAAGUACUGGAUGUACACGAUUGCAAACUUAUGACAGUUGAUGUUGAAGCAUAUCUACCCUUCAAACAUAUUUCAAAAAUAGUCCUGGAAAAUGUAAUGACCCUACCAACAGGUCUUGCUGUACGCGCAUUCUUUGGUCUCAAUGGCAAAAACGUAUCUCAAGUUCUCUUGAAAAAAUCCAACAAGUAUGUAAGUCUGAAUCGAAACCUUCAAAACCAGCUGUUAAACAAGGAAACGUUGACUCAUCUGUCAGAUAUAUGUAUCGAACAUCUAGAUCUCCGCUAUAACCACAUCCUCUACAUUGACAGGUCCCUUCUGCCAGUGAUGUCACGUUGUAUAAAAUAUAUAGAUUUGUCAAAAAAACAACAUUCUGGGGGACGCAUUCGCUCUUUUCCAAAUCUAACGCAUCUCGCUUUGAACAAUAUGUGCUUGGACGAUGACACCCUCAUAGAAGGAGGACCUGUGCUUGAGGGACUAAAGACCAUGCCCGCAUUGCGUUACUUAGAGAUUGCGGGGAAUGACCUGCGGUAUACGGACCUAGGGUCUCUCAGAACACUGAGAAGUCUGAACGUGUCGAGAAAUAACCUAGUGUCUGUCCCUUUUCAAGACAAUGACCUGCCUGACCUGCUCAUUCUUGACAUGUCGGUCAAUUCCAUCACCUUCUUUGACGAUGACACAAUCGAGAUGCUGGAGAAUCUCGGGAAGAAGAACAAGCUCGUUCUGAAGCUGACGGGAAAUCCUUUCUCCUGUUCUUGCAAGUCUCUCGCGUUUGUGCAGUGGAUAUUUUCAUCGUCGGUUACCUUUGACAGCAAUGGGAAUUAUUCAUGUGUUACUGAAUUCGGUGUCCUUACAACAACCAAUACAAUGUACAAAGAGUUCAAUUACCACUGGACAUCAUGUCAAGGUCGCUUUUGGCUUCCUGUGGCCAUUUCGCUGAUCUGUGUCACAACUCUUCUGAUUGUGUGUGCCCUGUUGGUGUCACGGAACUGGACGAGAAUUGCUCAUCAUAUUUUGGUCUUCAUGGGUCGAGGAAUCCAGCGAGUCAACAGACAAGACUUCAACAAAGAUGCAUACAUUGCCCACUCGGAUCAAGAGCUUCAGUUUGUGAUGCAAGAUCUACGCAUAGGCCUGGAGGAAAUACUCGGAUUGAAACUUAUUCUACCCGAGAGAGAUUUCCUGCCUGGUCCGUUCGUAGCUGACCAUGUUGUAGAAAGCAUUAACAGGAGCUGGAAGACGGUGCUGGUUGUAUCCGACGAUUUCUUAGAUGACCCCUGGUCCUACUUCAUCAUUAAGUCCACAACCUACUACAUAUCCAACCUGAACCCCAACAGGGUGAUCCUGCUGCUGGUAGGGGACGUAAACCAUGGUCGGCUACCGGAACUGCUCCUGAAUGUAACAGAUGAAGAGGAUAUCAUCCAACUAGACGAUUUCCCCGAUCCCCACAGUGAUGUAUGGGUUCGUGUUAGGGACAGAAUUCUCACUCCAGCAGCUUAG